AUGGCUCCGACGAACUGGCCCGCCUGGGUCAAGACAUUCAAUGUCGAUGAGAUGCUUCAUAUCCGUCGACUCGCAGUCGACAUUGUAGAUCACGAACUCGAAGCUGAGCUGCACCCAUUUCUCCAAACUGUCCUGGAAUGGGCGUCUCUUAGAACUUCCAUCCCUGGGCCCAACGGCUAUCGUCUCAGAACAAUCGCGCAGUUCAUCAUGACCAUCCCUCCGGAUGCAUUCGACGCACCAGAGCCCACGGAACGGCAGACUCGAGCAACGUCCCAAGCCCACGGGGUGGUCCACGGGUCGCUCUCCAGCAUCAGCGCGUCAACGAUGACUGCGUCCUCCGGGCCAUCGGUUAUCAGCAAUCCACAGCAACGUGCAAAAGAUCGCCGCCGGACUCCAGACUACGCCACGCUCCUGAGUCCGCACGACCCGGCCAAGCCUCACCCGCGACUGCUUUUUGUCCAUGAGCUCAAGCGCUACGAAGAGAGAGUUUUCCAAGAGGUGCAGGAGGGGUCGAAGAAGUCUCCGUACGAAGUCAUCCUCGAAUCUUCGUUCAGGGACAUGGAAGAGCAGAUUGCGGAACAGGCGGAGCUGGCCCUGUGGACAUUUCGGGAUCUUAGGGUCGUGUAUGUUAUGUGUCACGUUGGUGUGCACUUCAAGGUCGUCAGGUUUGGGAGGAAGAAUUCCAAAUCCGCAGGGAGGCGGGCUCGUGGCGGCGUUACCGCGUUGUACAAAAGCAAGGUCUACAUGCUCCUCAACGAGGAUUGCACCGACUUCAGUGGGGACUUCAAGAUAUGGUGGACGAUUGUGAAACACGGCCAGGUUGGCGACCUCGGUGCGAGGACAUCGUCGACUCCGGGGAACGCCAACUAG